UGACAGCAGGGACAGCUCUGGAGAAGGGUGGUGCUACAACAGGGAAUGUACAAUAGAGAUUGCACCGAUAGAUAUAUACGGCUUUCUACGAGGUCUGCGGUUCCAGGAGAGCUCAUAUUCACCUUCAGAUCUGGGCUCAGUGCACAGACGUGCUGCAAAUGCAUUCUUCAUAAGGUUCACAGACAUCAGUGAGGGACUGGAGCAGAACGAGAAAGCGACUGUGCUGCAGGCUCAGGAGUACCAUGCUGCCCCGCUGUGCAUUCAGUGUGUGCCAUGUGCUUAUGUUGGUGCUGUGUCUGUCUGCGGCUGAGGACUUCGACUGGACAAAGAACGACCACGGCUCCUUCUAUUAUGGCACUUUUCCAGCUGGAUUUUCGUGGGGUGCCGGAAGUUCAGCCUAUCAAACAGAAGGAGCCUGGGACAAAGAUGGAAAAGGACUAAGCAUCUGGGAUGUAUUCAGCCAUAAGAAAGGCAAAAUCCAACAAAAUGAAACUGGGGAUUCCUCCUGUGAGGGCUACUACAAAGUCAAGGAUGAUGUUUCUCUGAUGAAGGAGCUGAAGCUUAACCACUAUCGCUUUUCCAUCUCCUGGCCCAGACUUCUCCCUACUGGCAUAAAGUCUGACCAUAUAAACGAAAAGGGAAUGCAGCACUAUGAUCAAUUGAUCGACCACCUUCUGGAGAACAAAAUCACUCCCAUUGUUACUCUGUACCACUGGGAUCUUCCACAGGUCUUACAAGAGAAAUAUGGUGGAUGGCAGAAUAUAAGCAUGGUGAAUCAUUUCAAUGAAUUUGCUAACCUGUGCUUUGAAAGAUUUGGCAACCGAGUGAAGUACUGGAUCACUUUCAACAACCCAUGGUCUGUGGCAGUGGAAGGCUAUGAAACCGGUGAACAUGCUCCUGGACUGAAGCUGAGGGGAACGGGUGCAUACAGAGCUGCACAUCACAUAAUCAAGGCACAUGCCAAAGUUUGGCACACUUAUGAUACACAGUGGAGGGCCAAGCAAAAAGGUCUGGUUGGCAUCUCUCUGUCGGGGGACUGGGGGGAGCCGGUGGAUAUCAGCAAUCAGAAAGACAUUGAAGCCGCUGAGAGAUACGUCCAGUUCUAUCUGGGCUGGUUUGCCACACCUAUCUUUCAUGGAGACUACCCUCAAGUGAUGAAAGACUUCAUUGGAAGGAAGAGUGUCCAGCAGGGCCUCGGGACGUCUCGACUGCCCACAUUUUCCCCCCAGGAGAAGAGCUACAUUAAGGGGACCUGUGACUUCCUUGGUGUCGGUCACUUCACCACCCGCUACAUCACCCAAAAGAACAACCCGUCAAGCCGCAGCAGCAGCAGCUACUUCAGUGAUCGUGACCUGGCCGAGCUGGUUGACCCGCGGUGGCCUGACCCUGGAUCAGAGUGGCUCUACUCUGUGCCCUGGGGGUUCAGACGUCUGCUCAAUUUCAUCAAGACUCAGUAUGGAAACCCAAUGAUUUAUGUAACUGAGAACGGAGUCUCUGAGAAGAUGCUGUGCACAGAGCUGUGUGAUGACUGGAGGAUACAAUAUUAUAAAGACUACAUUAAUGAGAUGCUCAAAGCUAUCAAAGAUGGAGUCAAUGUGAAGGGCUACACUGCAUGGUCCCUGCUGGACAAGUUUGAGUGGGAUGAAGGGUACUCUGAGAGAUUUGGUCUGUACUAUGUGGACUUCAGGAACAAGAACAAGCCUCGCUAUCCCAAAGCAUCUGUUCAGUUUUACAAACGCAUUAUCAGCUCCAACGGCUUCCCCAACCAAAGAGAGGUUGAAAACUGGAGGAGGAAGGCCGUUGAGACCUGCUCUUCCAGCAACCAGCUUCUCGCUGCAGCUACAAGAAAAUCCAAGGAACAUGCAGAAUUGCCAAAGGUUUGGCCAGUGCAUGAUGAAGUUUAGGAGUUGAGGUUCCUGUUGAUACCCCCUGACCAGCCACAUGGAGAUGGUAACUGAGAUCGUUGUUCCCACUGUGUGCACACUCUCCAUUUUGCUCAGUGCCAUCUUCCUCAUGUUCCUGCUGCGGAGGAGGAAUUAGAAAGUGUGCAUGUUUACAUUCACAAGCAUCACCACACAAACACACACUCAUAAUUAAAUGCAUCAUUUCUUUAAUGGAUUAUGUGUGAGCAUAAAUACAUUAUCUGGACUGAGUUUAAAGAGAUUUACUGGCUUCAUUAAUUUGAUGUGCAUACCAUGUUUAAAGUAAAACCACUGGUUUAGCCUGUAAUAAUGAAUUUAGCAACAGACACUAAAGUAGUGUGGAUACUCCUGCAAUAUGUUAGAUUUUCUUAUUAAAAUAUUGCUGUGAUAUAUUGCCAUUGCAAGCAGCCCAUAUGAUCUACUGUACUUUGUGUUUUCAUUUGGAUGAAGCUGUUUGAUGGAAAAACUCUUCAAAAUCUCUUUCAGCUGCUUUCAUGAGCAACACGUGAUAAUAAAGAUGUAGUAACCCAAA